GAUCUGAGCCCUGUCAUUGGCAUCCACAGAGGCCUUGCUCAUCCUGCACAGCUAGAAGAAAUGUCUCUGAAGCUGCUACUGCUGCAAGACUGGCCAGUACAGAGCCAGAGAAGAGGGACUGUGUGCAGCUCUGAAAGCCAGCUGUCCUUUGCUCAGAGCUGGGUCUUUUCUCUCCCUGACUCCCCGGUUUCCACUGGCCUCAUCACUCCAUGGGACUCCAGACCUGGCGACCAAGUAAACCACCACUGUCCUCUAUGGCCUGCCUUGAUGUGGAGACCCCCUCCAUCUGCAGGGGUAAAUUCAAAUCAGUUCUCCAGCUUUGUCUGCAGCAGAGGAGAACUCGGGAGCAGCUUGUGGAACAAGGGAUCAUGCCACCUCUGAAAACACCCACAGCCUUCCAUGAAAAGAUUCGCAGCCUGGAGAGAGCCAGGACUGGGAACUUCUUAAAGCACAAACUCUGCAGCAGACCUGAGCGCUCGGAGUUGGUUCGUUUGCACAUCCUACAAGAGACACAGGCUGGGCCCUCCCUGCAGGCCACACAAAUGAAGCUGAAGAGGGCCAGAUUAGCUGAUGACCUCAAUGAGAAGAUCGCCCAGCGGCCUGGACCCAUGGAGCUGGUGGAGAAGAACAUCCUGCCUGUUGACUCUGGCAUCAAAGAGGUCAUCAAUGGUUAUAAGGCACAUUCCUGUAAGACACCUGAUGUUUACAAAUUCGAUGAGGACAGCAGUGAUGCCUUAUCACCAGAACAGCCUGCCAGCCAGGAAACUCCCAGCUUCACCUCAGCCUGUGUAAGGGAACCAGGAGGGACUGAGGCCACCUCCACCUCCUCUCAGUUAAACUCCCCCGUACAGCACUCCCCUCUGCCAAACUCACUGUCAUCAUCAGAUUUAGUUAACCUUGUUCCUACUAGUGAGCACCAAAGGAAUCCACGAGCAUCUACACCUCAGCCAAUCACUGUUUCUUCCAGUGUUGCACCAGUGCCAGUUCUUGUGAAGCAAAGCCUGCCCAAGCCACUCGGUGAUAGGAACCGCAGCAAAAAGAGCAAACCACGGGUGAAAAAGCUGAAGUACCAUCAGUACAUUCCCCCGGACCAGAAGCAGGAGCUUAGUGAAGUGCCGAUGGACUCUGCGUAUGCCCAUCUGCUGCAGCAGCAGCAGCAGUUUCUGCAGCUCCAGAUCUUAAGCCAGCAACAGCAACAUUACUGCCAAGGCGUCCUGCCUGCCACACUAAAACCAACAACUGAGGUACAAACCAGCUGUUCCAGUGUUCUGAGUGGAGAUGUUUUGUCUGCCCCUGUGCAGCCCUGUCACACUCAGACAACCCGCAACCUGGAUCAUUUACCAGCUAAUCUGGAUGAGAUGAAGGUUGCUGAGCUAAAAGUGGAACUGAAACUCCGAUCUUUGCCUGUUUCGGGGACUAAGACAGAUCUGAUAGAGAGGCUAAAGCUGUACCAGGAAACCUCUAACAUCCAGACUGCUGCUGUCGUGGAGACAAUGGCUGUCACAGCAGCCUUGCAAUCUGAACACAUAAAGCUGACCCCUCCUGUGUCCCCUGUAACCUCCAAGGUGUCCAGUCUAGGCAUAGAGGACAGUAGUAUGGCAGACAGUCCAGCAAAGCUUUCACGUGCUCUCUCUUCAGUUCACACUGCUCCUUGUUUGAACUCCCCACAGAGAGCUGUACAGGAGGAGUGUCCCACAGAGACAAGGUCCUAUGAAAAGGACUCUGAAAAAGACAAACGUCUGCAUGAGAAGCAGCGUCAGAUUGAAGAGCUGAUGAGGAAGCUGGAGCAGGAGCAGAGGCUGGUGGAGAAGCUGAAGAUGCAGCUGGAGGUGGAGAAAAGGAUUCAGCAAGGUGAUUCUGUGCCCCAGCUCAGCCCUCUUCCUCCCAUUCAGGUCAAAGAGGAGAAAAGAGGCCCCUUGGACUGUUCAGAAUCCUGUAGCUCUCCUGGUCUGCCAGUGUUGGUCAAACAGGAAGAGGCUGUAGAACAGAGCCACAUAGCUCCUCCAAAACAGUUCAUCAUCAGCCAUCAGGCCAACAAGCAGUCUGAAACACUGCAGUCUGUCCAGGCUGGAGCUCAGAUCCUCCCUUUUGGCUCCCUUCCUCCCUCGACAGUCACUAUCCAGCUCCCUACCAGUGGCAUCACAUUACACACUACUGUAAGCAGCGCAGCCCCAGGCCUCAUCCAGUCCACUGGACACGUGCCACAAAAAACAGAGGCCUCAGCAGAACUACAACAGCAAUGCAGCGCUCACAAUCAGGCAUUGACAAGGAUGUGGAGGAUGGAUACCACAGCAGAAAGCAUACUCAGCACAUUCCCGGUGGGUGGAUGUUCUGCAGGAGCUUCCUCUAGCAAAGCCGUCCCUAAAGGGCAGAUUAAUAAGGCUCCAUGUCCCAGCCAACCACCUUUGAUCUUGCCUCAGUCAAAGUUCACAAACCAUGUGUCAAAGUGUAAAGACCCACCUCGCUAUGAGGAUGCAGUAAAGCAGACACGCAGCAUGCUAAGAGUUGUUCAGGGUCCUACUGCAGCUAGCCAACAGAUGGAUGACCUGUUUGAUGUGUUGAUUGAGAGUGGUGAGAUCUCUCCCUUCAUCAGACAGGAUCCACCCAGUGUGGACAAGCCUCUUCCUGUGACUUGCAAUGUAACCACUCUCCCUGUCAGCAUGGCUUUAUCCCGCCCUCCGCCUGUGGUACAAGUGGCCCAGCUGCGUGCUCUGCCCCUUAACCCUUCGACCAGCUUGACAGCCCUGACCUCAGACACCCAGCUGGACACCCUCCUGGGUACUGACCCACAACCACAAACAAUGAAGCUGAUGGAGGAGUUACACUCACCCAUAGUCUCCAUGGAAGCGGGCUUUAAUGAAAACACACCACCUUGUGCUUUGACCUUGCAAAACACCACCGUGGAUAAUAUGGAUUGGCUGGACCUUACUCUGUCUGUGCCAGCAGAGGGAGUCAACCCUUUGGACAUGUCAGCACCAGUGGACGUCUACUCCUCUGACUUCCUGGACUCUCAUGAGCUGCGCCUGAGUUGGGACUGAGUGAUGUCAAGGUGAAUUCUUGCAACUAUCAGGCCAUUUCAGAUAAACAUAAUUUUUUUUUUAAACAGAGCUGUUGGAUGUUUGUGCAGCUCUCUUCGGCUUUUUGGUCAGUUAAGUCAGGUCAGUAAUAAAAUAAUCAUGCAGUGUCAUUUUAGAAGUUGGUGCAUUGCUUCCUUUCAGGUCUUUAAGCCCUUUGAUUAUCUGGGGAAGCUGACAUAAGGUCGGACUGGUACUGACAGGUUGAGUUAACAGUGGAAGUAGCUUUUAAGCUUUCAGUCUUAGGUUAUGCCACUGUUUUGUCCCCUUUAUGAAUAUACAUAAUUGUAUUGACCAUGGAAAUAGGAGAACAAGCAGAAAAAUGUCCUGGUGUAGGACUAAUGGACAAAUUGCAUGUAGCUAGUUCCUUUGGCCCAGUCUUGGAAUGAUUAUCACUAGCAAAACAUACUGAAGACACACAACUGCUAAAUGUUUAUUUCUGGAAAUACUUUGAAAGGAGAGUGGAACAUCUAGCACUGCCAUAAAGUCCAGCAGACCAACUCUUACGGGGUUAAAACUAAGUUAGGUCAGCUCAGUUCGUGGUUAGGUACAGUGCCAGUCAAAAGUUUGGACACAUUCCCAUUCAGUUCAGUGGGAAAACAUGUCCAGACUCUUCACUGGUGUAUAUUCAAGACUUGUAAGUAUGACAGGCUGUAGCAGACCAUGACCUCUGUGCAUUGUAUAACAGAGUAACAACAGACAGCAUUCUUCAGCAUGAUCCACUAUUCAUUUGUAUUUCUUUUAUACUGAAAUAACCAUAAUGCAUUACAGUGGAUUUCUAUUCUAGUGACGUGGACACAACACCAACACAACUACAGUGACAUCUGCUGGCUUGAAUGAACUUGAGAAAGUAAAAGUUGUUUUGGUUUCUGUGACACUGAAAGGUCAUCUUUAAAAACAAUGCACUGCUUGAUAAUGGUUGGGUGUGUUUGAAUAUUUUGGUCAGUGUACUGACUGUGUUGUUUUGUUGAAUUAUUAGAGAUUCACUGUCUGACUUUGCAGAACAGCAUCACUUACAAACUCACCUGAAUGUGGAAGGAACUGCUGUGAAAAGCAAUUUUGAGGUUGUUCGUUUUUGUUUCCUCUCAGUGCAUUAGUGCCUCAUUUGACAGUCCAAAUGUCAAUUAUGUGCUGGAAUGAAAAAUAUUUUGUCUUUACUAUAGUAGUAUAAGUCAAUGCCAAGAUACAGGUAGAUGGUAAUGCAUAGUUUGUAUGCCAUAGGUUUAUAUGUUGUGUAUUUAUAGUUGAAGUCAGAAGUUUACAUACACUUAGGUUGAAGUCAUUAAAACAGAUUUUUUUAACCACUCCACAGAUGUCAUAUUAACAAACUCCCGUUUUGGCAAGUCGGUUAGGACAUGUACUUUAUGCGUGGCACAAGUCAUUUUUCCAACAGUUGUUUACAGAUAGAUUAUUUCACUUAUAAUUCACUACAUCACAAUUCCAGUUGGUCAGAGGUUUACACACACUCAGUUGGCUGGGCCUUUAAACAGCUUGGAAAAUUCCAGAAAAUGAUGUCAUGGCUCUAGAAGCUUCUGUUUGGCUAAUUGACAUCAUUUGCAUCAUUAGGAGGUACCUCUUUUUUUGACAUCAUGGGAAAAUCAAAAGAAAUCGGCCAAGACUUCAGAUAAACAAAACUGUGGACCUUCACAAGUUUGGUUCAUCCUUGGGAGCGAUUUUCAAACGCCUGAAGGUACCAUGUUCAUCUGUGCAAGCAAUACUAUGCAAGUAUAAACAGCAUGGGACAACAGCCAUCAUAUCACUCAGGAAGGAGACGCGUUCUGUCUCCUAGACAUGAACCUAUUUUGGUACGAACAGUACAACAGUACAAGUCCCAAAACAACAGCAAAGGACCUUCAGAAGGCACUGGAGUAAACCACAGUAUAACCAGCCCUAUAUCGACCAAACAUGAAAGGCUGCUCAGCAAAGAAGAAACCACUGCUCCAAGACUGCAGUAAAAAAGGCAGACUACCUUUUGCAGCUACACAUGGGGACAAAGAUCUGUCUUUUUGGACAAAUGUCCUCUGGUCUGAUGAAACAUAAACUGAACUGUUUGGACAUAACGACCAUCUGGAGGAAAAAGGGGGAGGUUUGCAAGCCAAAGAACACCAUCCCAACCAUGAAGCACGGGGGUGGCAGCAUCA